AUGUCUUCGCUUUUUUGCGCGCUUUUUUUCGCGCUUUUUACGUUGGCUGGGGCGGCUGAUCCCCCCCCAGCAGGAGCUGAGAAAGUGGACGUUGGGAAGGACGGGGUCUCCUAUUGGGGGGACCCCAGAAACUUCAUCUACCACGCGGCAGGGGGGACCCUGCUCUUGAUCAUCGCACGGUUUGGGUGGGCUGCGGCCUACAGGUUUCGAGAGGGAAACCUCUCAAUACCAAUUCCGGUGCCUGGGCGGCUACGCGCCGCUUUACGAGUUUUAUUCGCGGCGGACCCCCGGGUCCAAGCCGACCUCGAAAUGGGUGCACCAGCACCAGCACCAGCGCCAGCACCAGAACCAGCACCAGCACCAGAACCAGCACCAGCAGAAGCAGCAGCAGCAGCUCCAGCUCCAGCUCCAGCUCCAGCUCAAGCGGCGCCAGAGCUAGCAAAGCCGCGUGCAGUCCGUUGUGCAUGCGGGCGGGCCUGGGAUAAUAAUUAG